AUGGCAGGAAGGGGGAAGGAGGGAGCAACAUGGGAGGACGUGCUUACUAUUCAGGAACAGUUUCUAGACUUCAACCUUGGAGAUAAGGUUGAACAUAAAACCUUGGAGAUAAGGUUGAACAUAAGGCGAUAUGAAACUGGUGACCAUGUGGGUGUUUUUGCUGAAAAUUGUGAUGAAACUGUUGAAGAAGCUGGAAAAUUGUUGGGUCAGGAUUUAGAUUUGUUGUUUUCCCUUCACACUGAUAAUGAGGAUGGUACUCCCGUAGGAGGAUCUCUUCCACCUCCUUUCCCUGGCCCUUGCACACUGCGCUUUGCUUUAGCUCAUUUUGCAGAUCUCUUGAACCCCCCACGCAAGGCUGCUUUAGUGGCUCUGGCUGCACACACUUUGGAACCCAGUGAAGCAGAUAGAUUAAAUUUCUUCUCAUCUCCUCAGGGAAAGGAUGAGUACUCCAAAUGGGUGGUUGGAAGUCAGAGAAGUCUCCUUGAGGUUAUGGCUGAGUUCCCAUCAGCAAAGCCACCCGUUGGUGUUUUUUUUUCUGCAGUAGCCCCUCAUUUACAACCUCGUUAUUAUUCUAUUUCAUCGUCACCUAGGUUUUCCCCUCAAAGGGUACAUGUAACUUGUGCAUUGGUAUGCGGUCCAACUCCUACUGGAAGAAUUCACAAAGGAGUAUGUUCAACCUGGAUGAAGAGUGCCAUUCCCUUGGAGAAAAGUCAUGAGUGUAGUUGGGCUCCUAUUUUUAUCAGAACAUCAAACUUCAAGUUACCGGCUGAUCAUUCCAUUCCUAUUAUUAUGGUUGGUCCUGGAACUGGCUUGGCACCUUUCAGGGGAUUCUUACAGGAAAGAUUGGAUCUGAAAGAGAAUGGUAUUCAAAUUGGAACUGCAUUACUCUUCUUUGGAUGUAGGAAUCGUCAAAUGGAUUUUAUUUAUGAGGAUGAGCUAAACAAAUUUCUGGAACAAGGUGCUCUGUCAGAGUUGAUAGUCGCGUUCUCGAGAGAGGGACCUGAAAAGGAGUAUGUUCAACACAAGAUGAUUGAUAAAGCAGCAAAUUUGUGGAAUUUGAUUUCUCAAGGAGGUUAUCUUUACGUCUGUGGCGAUGCUAAGGGUAUGGCAAGAGAUGUUCAUCGGACCCUUCAUACCAUUGUCCAGCAGCAGGAAAAAGUGGACUCUUCAAAAGCAGAGGCUAUUGUGAAAAAACUCCAAAUGGAUGGACGUUAUCUUAGAGAUGUUUGGUAAAUUUUCUGGUUAUUCAUUUGUCUGAUUUUGACAUUCCUGGUAUUUUGUUUACGUUCAAGAUGGGUUGAAGAAUAUUUGAUACUCUACUAUCACGAAGUUUUCUGACACCAAUGGCGGAGGCUGGAAUUUUGCUGUGAAAACAAAUCGUUUUCGUGGACAUUUGUAUGGUUUCCUAAUAUUUUUUUGUCAGUCUUAAAAUAUUCUCUUAUCAUGAUAUUUGACCUAGGAUUAUUUUUAGGAUAUUGAUAGACUCAGAUUUAAAACACGUAUACGUCUCGGUUAUUUCCAAUGGGCAUGUAUCUAAGUCGUAGGGAUAGGUGAGGAAUUAUAACUCGAUGCAUGAAAUAGUUCAAUAUUCUUGUAGUUUGUAUCAAGAUAUAACUACAUAUAAUUUUGCUAAUAUUAAACAAGGUUUUAUCAAGAUUUCGUGAUUUUAGAAA